AGGAGAAUUGCAUUUGAAUCGGCUCUUUCGUAGUGCGGAGUUGUCGGAUUGCAAAAAUAUCGCAUUGUGUUAUCGUACAAACUGUUAGGCGAAACAUUCUGAAAAAUGUCUUAUGCACAUUGGUUGCAAUUGAUCAGAAAUGCAGAAAAAACUUCCAGUCUGCAGGGAAACGUGCGCCAAGUUCACUACCGUUUCCCAGACGGCCGAGAAAUGGCCGAAGAAUAUAGUACGGAAACUGGCGUGAUCAUAAGACGAGCGUGGAAAAAGAAGACCGAAUUGAUGCGCAAGGAAGAAUGGGAAAUCGAACUCGGGGAACCACUUCCCGUUGGUUUGAAUAGCAACGAGUUAGUUUUACAAGAAGCUGCAACGGAACCAUCGCUGCGGAAACGAAUCACGAGGCACGCGAUCGAAUGGCGAAUCAGAAACGUACCGUACACCCUAUCUACCUUCAGCGUGACCUGCGAUGGCGAUAAGAAAUCAGUGACGAUAAGAACUUCAAACAAAAAAUAUUUCAAAACUAUAUCCGUUCCCGAAUUCGAACGAUGCAACUACACUCCGAAGCAAGAAGAUCUGAAUGUUAAGCAUCAGAACGCCACGCUUAUUGUUACGUACAAAAAACCACCCAUUUUGUUGGCGAUGGAGAAGGCUGUUUUGGAGGAGCUUCAGAACCUAGAAACGAUGGAAUAUGAUGCGUUCUAAAGCCAUUGAGUGUAGUAGAAACACAAAUAAAGACUUUUUCUUUCAUGGAAAAGGAAGUGCACCUGCAAAAUAAAAUUUUUGCUAUCUUCAAACCAUACGGCCGAUCCAAAAAGGCUGCACUAGUUUUUAGUACAAUAAAA